AUGAUUGGGGGCCCUUGGUUCGUGGCAGGCCAAAUUAUUGGCGUGGAACAAUGGGCGGUUGGAUCAAUGUCGAAUUCUCCAAGGAAGUUCACUUCUUCGGUUUGGAUACGGCUUCCCAAUCUACCAUUGGCCUACUGGGACGCCGAAAACAUGGCCCGGCUUGCCAUUGGGAUUGGGGAACCUCUUUUCAUGAACGAACCAACUAACUCAUGGAAUAGAUGCGCCUUCGCACGUAUCUGCGUUCGGUUGGAUUUAUCGAAGAAGUUACCCAAGGGAGUGUGGGCUCAUGGGCUGGGAGGCUCAUUCUUCGAACCGAUUGAGUAUGAGGGUAUUCCGCUGAUUUGUUUACACUGUGGGAAGGUUGGUCACAAGGCGGAGGUAUGCAAAGAAUCCAGAGAUAUGGGUAAGGUACAACCACCACCAUCUACUACGACGGAGUCUGUUCCUCCUGGGCCAAAUAAGGAUUUGGAGGUGGACUGCGUUGAGCUCGGCGGAACAAGCUUAAAGGCGGCGUCGGUGGAGCGAUCACCUGGGUUGGCGAAUGUUGAGCAGGGCGAGUGGACUAUUGUUAGUAGAAGAAGGAGACCCAAGCCAGCAAAAGUCGGUGGGAAUUUGGCGGAACAGAGGAUUGCCCAGCCCGGAACAGCAAGAAGAAAUUCCAAUAAUCUGGCCUAG